CGCGGAUAGCGCUCGACCCGCAACGUAACCGCGCGUUCGAAAUUCAAAAUACAAUUCAUUCCGCACGCGGCUUUUUAAAUUUAAAAUUAUUAAAAUUUUAUUUAAAAUUAAUAAAAUUUAAUUAAACAGUAUUUUUAAAAUAUUUUUCUAAAAUGGUGAGAACCAAGGACGGGGACGGUAUCAAGAGCAAUUUAAUAGUAACGGAAGUGCAGAAGAGGCCUUGCCUGUUUGAUACGAACCAUCCGAAUUACGGAGAUAGAGCUGAAAAGGCUAGGUGCUGGGAGGAAGUGUGCGAGAGCGUCGUGCCUGGCUGGACGGCGCUCGGCCUGGCGGAGAAGUUUGCCGCUGGCAAGGAAGUCCAGAAGCGUUGGCGCUCGAUCCGCGAUUCGUACACGAAGGCCUACAGGCAAGGGAAGUGCGUCCUACCCGAACAGUGCCCCGUGGGCAGCCGCCGCUAUCAGUACCACAGCCAGAUGAGCUUCCUGCUGCGAGCGCUGCAGAACAAGAAACCACGGUACUCGCAAGACAAGUACGAAUCACUCUCCGAAGUGUCAAACUCCCCUCAGCACCAGCCGUCAGAAGACGUGGUGCUCAAGAUAAAACACGAGAUUGUCGACAAACCGCUGGACUUGAAGACGAAGGCCGAAGACAAAGAGAAGGUGGAAACGCUGGAUAAAGGCAACCAGGCUACUAUUGAUAAGGAAAUGAAGAAUCCGUCUUUGGAAAUCAAAAUCGACGCGAAUUCAAUCCUCCCCGAUGACCACUUUGACGACGACAAGUCGUUCAUGAACUCGCUGCUGCCACUCUUCAAGAAGAUGGACGACGACACCAGGCUGCUCUGCCGGAUUGAGGUCUUGAAGAUUAUCAGAUACGCUCUCCAAGGGCACAAAUGCUUCGAAGCACUCAAAAUAGCUGAAGACAGCUUCUUCAAGAACCGUAUGAGCGGUAUCCUGGCCAAAGAGGAGGCGGUCAGCCCAGCCGGCGAGUCCCGGACUGAGAGCAAGCUGUCCAUGACCACCAGGUCAGCUGACGGCAGCCGACCCGUUAGGAAACGCAUGUUGCGUUCGCCGUCCCCUCUGCCUUCGGCGCCGCCUAAAAAGAGAGGUCCAGGACGUCCCAGGAAGGUCCGGCCGCCGCCCUCGGACUCGGACUCGGAGCCGUCCCGGCGGCGCCCCAAGGCCCCCCCCCGGCUGAAGGCCCCCGCCACCCCCCGCACGCACACGCCCGACCUGGACGACUUGUUCGCCAGCGCCACCAGCGUCGCGCAGCUCUCCACGCCCAUGUUUAUGAAGAUGUACAACCUAAGCCGCACAAAGGACGCACCUAUCACUUCAACACCCCACGGCAUGCAGGUAUCGAUUAAAACAGAGCCUAUAGACGACCCAAAUUAAUAUUGUAAUAAGUUACUAUUAUUAUAUUGGAAAUAAUAAAUUACCCUUUUUAAAAGGUGUUUUAUAGGGCAAUAUUUAUACAAGACCCGAAAUAUGUUUGAAAAAACACUUGUAUUUUCUUGUGUAAUAUUUAUUGAUUAGGUGUUUUUGUUUGUAUUAGAAGGUUAAUAGAGUGGAUUUAAAAUUAUGUUUCACGAAAGGAGUACUAAUCCGUUAUUUUGAUUUUAAAGUUACCUGCUCAAUAAUGGCAACACUUUUUAAAAUAGUAGUAGAUCGUCGAACACCGGAAGCCAAUCUCAUUAUCGUAAACGCAAAAAUGUUCUACAAUAUUUUGUCUUUUUGCAAAUAUCCGGUUAGAACCACACGUGUUCGAAGUUCCACAUUUAAAUUAAAACAUUGAUGAAGAAAUUAUCGAUUUGUGAGCUUUUAAAUGUGCUGUCCACAAUAACAUUGGCCCUUUACUAAGCAGGGUUUCUUAGCCAUUUAAAUGUUGUACUAGUUUUAAAAAUAUAUAAUCAUUAUAAAAUAUACAGCGUUGCAAAAAAGAGUAGAAAAUGUUUAUUUAAUUGUAGCCUUUUUCUUGCAGCUUUUUUAUUACUUUUACUUGACAAUAAAUUAAAAACAUUGGCGACUUUCAUAUUUAGAAUACCUAAAGAUUACAAUCUAUUUCAUAAGUUUUGAUUCAGAAUGGAUAAAAAAGAUAUUCACAAAAAAAGAAAAACAAAUGUUGCUAAAAGAAAAAUAUUUCUUCUACAAUUUUUUGACAAACUGUUAUUGUUAGGAUUGUUAAUUGUGAUAAUAUUUUAAUCUAUUCACGCUUGGCCAUUUUCUUUGCGUUAAGUUGCGAGCAUUUUGUAGUGUUAAGUUCGUAUAAGUAUAGUUUUAUAAAGGUUAAGUAAGAAAUCUGUUGUUUUAGGAAUUUUCGCGUAUUCUUGUAAAUAGUUCUCUUUUAAGUUUUCGACGGACAAAGAAAUCGUUUUAGUGAUACAAUUUUCAUUUUCUGAGUGUUAAAGUUAAAUCGUAUCGACAUAGGUGUCGAUUCUGGUACAGACACGAAAUUAUUUGUAACUUAAAAAAUAGCGUCACGUUAUAAUCAGACCGUUUUGUCGUCUGUCCCGCUCAUCAAGUAUCAUAUUCAUUAAUAACUACGCUAAAGGAGCAAAUAGUUGUACUUUAUUGUGUUCAUGAAGUUUCGUAUUAAUUUGUAACUUGUCGGAGCGAAUUUCUGUUCUUUAUUAUGUCAAAACGGCCUUAAGCGUUCCGCUGGUUUAAUUUUACUUUUAAACCUAGCUGUUUUUAUGUAAUUAUAAGUGAAGGACGACACUAGUUUUAGAGCAGUCAAACUAUAACUUUUAAGUUUAUAUCUGCUACAUUCGGCACCGUCUGGUAUUUGUUGUGUAACAUACUAUGAUUAGUUAGAACAUUGUACAUUCCAAUAAAUACAAUAUAACAGACAAUAAAUGUCGUUGAACUAUUGUAUGACAAGAAAAUGUGAAAUAAAUGAUUUUAUAAAUGUA